UCUUUUCCGUAUCCGGUUAGAAAUGGCGUCAAAACGAAAAUCCGAGAGUCAAGUACCGGCUGAAGAGAGCGAACAGCUCAUUAUUAGACCUCUAGGAGCUGGUCAAGAGGUUGGGCGAUCAUGUCACAUCAUGGAGUUCAAGGGAAAAACUAUAAUGCUGGACUGUGGGAUCCACCCUGGAAUGAACGGCUAUGCGUCACUGCCGUUUCUUGACAUGGUGGAUGUGGAGGAAAUAGACCUGCUCCUCAUCAGUCAUUUCCACUUGGAUCACUGUGGAGCCUUACCAUACUUCCUGGAGAAGACAGGGUUCAAAGGUCGGUGCUUCAUGACACAUGCCUCAAAAGCCAUAUACCGAUGGCUUCUAUCAGAUUAUGUGAAAGUCAGCAACAUUGCAACAGAGGCACAGCUCUACUCAGAGAAAGACAUUGAGAAUUCCAUGGACAAAAUUGAAACUGUCAACUUCCAUCAGGAAACUGAAGUGAAUGGCGUGAAGUUCUGGUGCUACACAGCUGGACAUGUGUUGGGGGCGGCCAUGUUUAUGAUAGAGAUUGCUGGGGUCAAGGUUCUGUACACUGGAGACUAUUCACGACAGGAGGACAGACAUUUAAUGGCAGCUGAGAUCCCCAAUGUACGGCCGGACAUCGUCAUCAUCGAGUCGACAUACGGCACACACAUCCAUGAGAAGCGGGAAGAUAGAGAGUUGAGAUUUACCAGUCUUGUCCAUGACAUUGUGAAUCGAGGAGGUCGCUGCCUCGUGCCUGUCUUCGCUCUUGGCCGAGCUCAGGAACUGCUUCUCAUUUUAGAUGAAUACUGGAGUCAGCAUCCUGAGCUUCACGACAUCCCCAUCUACUAUGCAUCAUCGCUCGCCAAGAAGUGCAUGAGUGUGUACCAGACAUACAUCAACGCCAUGAAUGACAAGAUCAGACGUCAGAUCACCAUCAGCAACCCCUUCAUCUUCAAACACAUCAUCAACCUCAAGAGCAUGGAGCAGUUUGAAGACAUCGGCCCGUCAGUGGUGCUAGCCAGUCCUGGUAUGAUGCAGAGUGGAUUGUCAAGGGAACUGUUUGAGAACUGGUGUACCGACAAGCGUAAUGGCUGUAUCAUUGCUGGCUACUGUGUGGAGGGCACUCUAGCAAAGCACAUCCUGUCUGAGCCAGAUGAGAUAGUGACGAUGACGGGGCAGAAGCUGCCCCUGAAGUGUUCCGUGGACUACAUCUCUUUCUCCGCCCAUGCAGACUACCAGCAGACCAGCGAGUUCCUCCGAGCUCUCAAACCUCCACAUGUUGUUCUCGUGCAUGGUGAAGCUAAUGAGAUGAGUCGUCUGAAGGGUGCGCUACAGCGGGAGUAUGAGGACAGCACCGACUACAAGAUGGAGGUCCACAACCCUCGCAACACUGUCGCUGUAGAGUUACACUUCCGUGGAGAGAAACUAGCAAAGGUUGUGGGCAGUCUGGCAGCAGAGAAAGCUAAACAAGGAACCAAGGUGUCCGGGAUCCUGGUGAAGAGGAACUUCAACUACCAUAUUGUGGCACCAGGAGAUCUGCCAAAUUACACUGAUCUGGCCAUGAGCACAGUGACCCAGAGGUUGAGUAUAGCCUACACAGGAACAAUCCCUCUUCUUCGCUACUACCUGUCUCAACUUGCUGGGGAUGUGGAAGCCAUCAAAGUCAACGAGAAGCAGGCUCUCAGGGUGUUCAAGACUAUCACAGUUGUGUUUGAACCAAGAAUGGUUGUCAUAGAGUGGAUCGCUAACCCAGUGACAGACAUGUAUGCUGAUUCUGUUGUCACAGUCAUCCUCAGAGCAGAGAAAGAUCCAAUGCCCCAGAAAAACGUCCCCGCAGUGAUGGUGGUGGACCGCAGCCACUUUCAAGAGUGUGUGAUGGACAUGAUGAAGGAGAUGUUCGGACAGGCCAGCACAGGGAAGCUAAUCAAAAACAACAAUCUCACAGUUACAGUGGAUGAAAAAACAGCAGUGAUCAACUUAGAGACUCAGGAGGUUCAGUGUGAAGACGAAGCACUCCAACAUGUGAUACAGAACUCCGUCACAAGGUUGUACCAGGCAAUUACACCUCUCAAGGUGGGAUGAAGAACAGUUGGGAUGCUGACAAGAUAUCCUAACAUAGCCACUUCUUUACAAGGCAUAACCCCAAAGAUUCAGCAUUCUCUGCCCUCAGUAUCAGUUCGUGAUUUUGGCAAAGCAGGGAUGUCAUUCUAUGGGAAUGGUGACCAUAUUUUGACACACAAGUCAAAGGACCAAUUUGAAAUGUGCAAAAUGUACAUGUAUGUCUUUGCAGAUGGACAUUUAACACAAGUUAAAGGUUAUCACAGCAAAAGGUACUUUAAAAAGGAAUCGUGUUACAUUACAUGUUGAUACAUAUGCUUCAACCACUGAGCAACAUGAUUACAGAUUGUAAGAAGGCAAUGAUUCAGAAUACGUCCGUUAAAGUUCAAGCUGUGAAUGUUUCUGGUGCUUCAGGUGAAAUCAACAGCUAGAUAAGAAAACCAGAGUGAAGUUUAAAUGAAUCAUGCAGUUUCCAAUUAUUGUAUCCGAUGUUGUGGGAUGAGUUCCUUGCACUAUACAGUGUAUAUCUUGGGUCUUUUAUUAUACAUCAUUAUGAUCUCAUCAUCAUGAGAAGUGAGUGAAUUGAUUGUAAAUAAAUUAAAGGAAUUGUGA